UGGAGGUUGUUGUGGUGGGUUCGAGCGAGGAGCUGCUGCUGCUGAGGCGGCGGCUGCGGCGCUGAGGUGGUGGCGGCGCUGCCGGCCCCGGGCCGCUCGGCCUCUAGGCUCGCUUCCCAGCCUCGCCUGAGCCCGCCGGGGCCCGCGCCGGCCAGCGCCUGCCCUAUGAGUGUGUCACUGGUUGUCAUCCGACUGGAGCUCGCAGAACACUCGCCCGUCCCCGCUGGCUUCGGCUUCAGCGCUGCGGCAGGGGAAAUGUCUGAUGAGGAGAUCAAAAAGAAGACACUAGCGUCAGCUGUAGCCUGUUUAGAGGGGAAGUCACCAGGGGAGAAAGCAGCCAUCAUACAUCAGCAUCUUGGCCGUCGAGAAAUGACAGAUAUGAUCAUUGAAACCAUGAAGUCCAACCCAGAUGAGCUGAAAGCUACACUGGAAGAAAGGAAGUCUUCAGAAGCAUCCCCCACUGCACAGAGAAGUGAAGAUCAAAGUAAAGAAUGCGUAAACGCUGCUCCCGAUUCUCCAUCCAAACAACUUCCAGAACAGAUUUCCUUCUUCAGUGGGAAUCCAUCAGUUGAAAUAGUUCAUGGUAUUAUGCAUCUAUAUAAGACAAAUAAGAUGACCUCCUUAAAAGAAGAUGUGAGGCGCAGUGCCAUGCUGUGUAUUCUCACAGUGCCUGCUACAAUGACCAGUCAUGACCUUAUGAAGUUUGUCGCCCCAUUUAAUGAAGUAAUUGAACAAAUGAAAAUCAUCAGAGACUCUACUCCAAAUCAAUAUAUGGUGCUGAUAAAGUUUAGUGCACAGGCUGAUGCAGAUAGUUUUUAUAUGGCAUGCAAUGGCCGCCAGUUCAACUCAAUAGAAGACGAUGUUUGCCAGCUGGUCUAUGUGGAAAGGGCUGAAGUACUGAAAUCUGAAGAUGGUGCCAGCCUCCCCGUGAUGGACCUGACUGAGCUCCCCAAGUGCACAGUGUGUCUGGAGCGCAUGGACGAGUCUGUGAACGGCAUCCUCACCACCCUAUGUAACCACAGCUUCCACAGCCAGUGUCUGCAGCGCUGGGACGACACGACAUGCCCUGUGUGCCGGUACUGUCAAACGCCAGAGCCAGUAGAAGAAAACAAGUGUUUCGAGUGUGGUGUUCAGGAAAACCUUUGGAUUUGUUUAAUUUGUGGCCACAUAGGAUGUGGACGAUAUGUAAGUCGACAUGCUUAUAAACACUUUGAGGAAACCCAGCACACGUAUGCCAUGCAGCUCACCAACCAUCGAGUCUGGGACUAUGCUGGAGAUAAUUAUGUCCAUCGACUGGUUGCAAGUAAAACAGAUGGAAAAAUAGUACAGUAUGAAUGUGAGGGUGAUACCUGCCAGGAAGAGAAAAUAGAUGCCUUACAGUUAGAGUAUUCAUAUUUGCUAACAAGCCAGCUGGAAUCUCAGCGAAUCUACUGGGAAAACAAGAUAGUUCGGAUAGAGAAGGACACAGCGGAGGAAAUUAACAACAUGAAGACCAAAUUUAAAGAAACAAUUGAAAAAUGUGAUAAUCUGGAGCACAGACUAAAUGAUCUCCUAAAAGAAAAGCAGUCUGUGGAAAGAAAGUGCACUCAGCUAAACACAAAAGUGGCCAAACUUACCACGGAGCUCAAAGAGGAGCAGGAAAUGAACAAGUGUUUACGAGCCAACCAAGUCCUCCUGCAGAACAAGCUGAAGGAGGAGGAGAGGGUGUUGAAGGAGACCUGUGACCAGAAGGACCUGCAGAUCACCGAGAUCCAGGAGCAGCUGCGCGACGUCAUGUUCUACCUGGAGACACAGCAGAAGAUCAGCCACCUGCCCGCCGAGACGCGGCAGGAGAUCCAGGAGGGCCAGAUCAACAUCGCUGUGGCCUCGGCCUCCAGCGGCCCCUCUUCAGGGGGCAGUGGGAAGCUACCCUCCCGGAAGAGUCGCAGCAAGAGGGGCAAGUGACAUUUCGAGAAACAGCUGUCCCUGAGACUGUCUUCCCUGGCACAGUGAGAGUGUGCGGGGGCCUUCAGCUAAAUGGGAGGCUGGAUGGACCCUAAAUAAGUACCAGUGAAGGUCAGGCCGCCGUUGUCCGGAUCUUUCAUUGCUAGCGUGUGGUGUAAUGUAGCGGGUUGAUGACUACAUUUGGAAUGAUGGCUAUGUGAGGGGAACGGGUGGUGUUUGCAAAGGUGGCUGCUUUUUCAACCGUAAUAGUUCACUAACCUCAGACAUUCUGAUGACCAUUUUGCCUUCCUACUUGAUAGAUGCCCCAACUCUGCUGUACAUUUUUCCGUUGUAUUUAUCAAAUCGGUGUAUUUGGUGUUCAGUUCUGGGGUCGGUUUAAGACGUCACAUUUUUUUGUCACCUCGAAGGUAAUGUUACCUCGCACUAAAGCACCCAACCUCCCUGAGGGCACGGCAGCUGCUUUAAAGAGGUUUGCAUUGACUGCGGAGGACUCAUGGAAAUUCUCUAGCAUUAAAGAGAGGUUUCAUUGACUGCGGAGGACUCAUGGAGAUUCUCUAGCAUCGGUUUCCUAUCACUGUCAUCUGUCCCUGCCUCUGGAGAAUUGAAGAAUUGGUUCAAUGUUAUAUGAAAAGAGGCUGGGCCUGUAAACCAGGCACCACUGGCUUGUCACCAGCAGCCAUCUCUUCUUGCUGUAGGGCUAGCCAGGAAAAACAAACAGCCCAAGGCCGACUGAGUAGACCUAGUUUAGGAAAAAUGAUGAUGUUUCCACUUUGUUUAUUUUUGAUGACUCCACACCUCAUUAUGAACCUCAAAUAAGUAGGAGGCUUAAUGGUUGCUCCCAGACUCUAAUCUCAGAGUGGAUUUCCUAGCAUCUAGCAAGAAUAAGCAGGCAGAUUUAUCAUCCAUGUGAAAAUGUAGUGUGAGGCCUCUGACUAGCUGAUUGUGUAUUUUGCUGGGAUCGCUGUUUUCUGAAUGUUUACAAAAGAUUGGGCUGCAUGUUCAGGUUGCGGCUAGAGGGAGCUUGGGCAGAUUUUCAAUUAUGCUUUCAAGAUAUCACCAAAAGCUGCUCCUAAAUCUGAAAAUUAGAAUUUUAACAGAGCCCCCUUUAAAACAGUCAUGUAAUGCUUGUUGUGGGCCAACAGAGGGGCUGUGUACUUUGUCUAGCAACAGGAGCUCAAAUAAUUCAUAACGUGCAGUAACUGAGCAAAAUUAAAGUAAGACCUGUGUUGGAAUUUAGCUUCCAAAAGAGAUAGCUGGAUAGGUGAACAAGACAUACUGUUAAAUGAUGGGUUUUGUUUUCUGUUUUAUAAUUAGCCAAAGUUUUCAUAUUAUCACAUUUCAGAAUUUUUUUUUAGCCUACGGUUAGGCCGCAUCCUCUUUGACCUCAGUGUCAUAGAUGUUAGUCGUUAGCGCACCAGGUCUGUCGCCGAUCAUCCAUUUUGUGGGAUGUGCUGCAGCAUGUCCCAAGAACCUUGCCUGUAACUUUGCAAAUGAAUGUCCGCAGACAUUCUCAGUUUUUCCUUAGGGCGGACCGACCCUGUCAUCCCCCCUUGGACUUACGUAUACAGUUGUCUAAAGCGAGCGUUGGGGGGAAAGCAUACCCUGGUUCUCUCUCCUAUAGAGAUUCUAUUUUAUUUAAAAUCUAUUUUUACACUAGUUAGAAUCCUGCUUUUUUGGCCAAGUAUUUGUCUUGCAUUUCUGACCUUGCAGAAGCUGGAGUGGAUUGUGGCAUACUAAUGAAGAGAAUUAGAAGUAGUUUACAAAGCUUGCUGCUCCUCAUUUCUCUAUGAUCACCUCCAUCAAGCAGCCCUACCACCAGCUGGGAGAACAGAGAUUUUCGUACAGGGGAAUAAGUGGUCUGAAAGGCUGUGCCCAGAGGAAUGAGCAAGUAGGCAAAUGUUUCAAACUACUUGAAGGUUUAAAAAAAAAUCUUAUCAAGAUAUGUAAAGAAAAUGAUUUUAAAAAAAGGUCAAAGAGUCCUGUUUGAAUUUGACAAAAUUACAUAAGAUAGAAGCUGUUAGUGUUUUCUUCAGGAUGGAAAAGAACCACUUAACAUAGCCAUCCUACCUUGAACAAUGAAAUUGCAUUAAAAUAACCAAACUUUGAAAUGA